AUGACAGUCCCAGCCUUCGUCGAAAGCACAGUCCGUAAGGAAACCAAGAUGCUCAACACAAAAGACUACAAUGCCUUGAGCCUCGCUCAGCCUACGAAUUUCAAGGCAAUGCUGAACUCUGGGCAAUUUCUUUGGGGAACCGGCUGCCGGAUUCCCCAUCCAGAAGCCGCACGCAUCAUUGCUGCAACGCCGUAUCAUUUCUGUUUCUUGGAUGCAGAACAUGCACCUCUCAACGCAACCCUGCUUGUCAGCCUUGUUCGGACAAUCCAGUACCAGUCGAAUGGCUCCAUGGUACCUUUCGUGCGAAUACCAAGGUGCUCUCCGGAAUUGUACAACUAUGUCUUAGGGGCUGGAGCAGGGGGCGUCGUGAUGCCUCACAUUCAGAAUGCCAAACAGGCCGAGGAACUCGUUCGCCUGUGUCGGUUCCCCCCAAUGGGCGACCGCAGUUUUCCUCCUGCGGCCUUGAUUGGCGAGCAGCAAAACCGGACCCCGAGAGGUCAAACCACCUAUGAUGUAUGGGACCGCCAUGUAGCCGUAUUUUGCCAGAUCGAAGACCUUGAAGGGCUGGAAAACGUCGAAGAGAUCUGCAGAGUCCCUGGUGGUCCGUGGCCCAUUAUUCCAUUCACGAGCAUCCCAUAUCUGCAUGAUCGAAAUGCUAAUCCAACUCAUCUCGUUACAGUCGACGGUCUUUUCAUUGGUACCGGGGAUUUACGAAUGUGCAUGAAGCUAUCCCAUGGAUCUCUCGACGGUGACGAGCCAAUAUAUCUUGCAGCCCUGAAAAAGAUCCGCGAUGCAGCCAAGGCGAACAAUCUCCCAAUCAUGGGGUUCGGCAUCUCUCCCGCCGCCCUCCAGCUUAGAAUUGAUAUGGGUUGGAAUGCGUUCAUAAUUCAUGGGGACAUUGAUGCUAUUUGCACAUCGGCCACUGAUUCCCUGCAAACGUAUACCACUGCGGCGUAUGGAAGGAAUGGCCACCAAGACGAAAGGGAAAACGGUGAACCAUUGGCCAAUGGGGCACGCCCCUUGGAUGAUGUGGAGUGCAGGCAAUCGAAUUUAACUAUGACAGCGAAGUCAUUGAUACAACCGAGGUUGGAACAAUCAGCUUAG